AUGGCGCCCAUAGGGCACUCCGCGACGGCACAGGCCGAGACGGCCAUUCGCGACACCAUCCAGUCGCUCUACAAUGUGAUGCUGCACACAAGCGCCUACGAUGCUGCCGGCUCACACACGUCCCUCGAUGCCCUCGUUGCCGAGGUGCGGAUCCUCUCGCAGGCCCUCCGGGACGUCAACGAAGUCGUCGAGAACGACAACAGCGGCAGCGGCCCAAAUAGCGUCGUCACCCUCGACAGCACCGGCACCGGCCACCGCAGUUUGCCGUCCGUGCCUCGCGACCUUGUCCAGUACGUCGAGGCCGGCCGCAACCCGGACAUUUACACCCGCGAAUUCGUCGAGCUCGUCCGCCGCACCAACCAGCUGCGCGCCGGCAAGCGCGGCGCCUUUGCCCAGUUCCGCGACACGCUGGCGGGGCAGAUCCGGUCGGCGCUGCCGGAGCUGGGCGGGGACGUCGACCGGGUCAUGGGGGCGACGGCGGAGCACCCGAGUCAAGCAGAAGAACGAGGAGAACCACAGACCGGUCCUGGCUCGGCGCAGCCUGCCGCGUCCUUGGACGGCUCCUCCAAGACGACCCUCGUGGGUGAGGCCGAGACGCCUGGAAGCCACGGCGGAUCUGCGCCUGCUGUGGCGGCCACGGCGGCCCCGACGGGAGCAGCAACAACGCACUCCACUGCCAACGUGCCCGCGUCGGCGUCGGCAUCGGCCUCGCCGUUGGCGCAUCCGGGCAGCGGCGGCAGCAACCAAGCAGGCGCAGGAACACCGUCGGCCAACUCGGACGCCGGCAGCGGAACAGGGAGCGGCGGACCCCAUGGAGUCUCGUCCGCGCCGACGACGAUUGACAUGAUGGGCAUCCUGCCGUCGACGCCACAGCCCACAUCCGCGGCGGGUGGGGGGACGGCCAGUGGGAGUGGCAGCGGCGCGGCAGUAGGUGGAGGAGCUGCCGGCAGCGGUGGCGAUGGUGGACAAGAUGCGAUGGAAACAUCGUAG